AUGCACACACAAGGGAAAGAAGAAAAGAAACAAAAAAAAAAUACUUCACCGAUUCCAGAGCUGCCACUGGUUAGUGGGCAGCUCACCUUCACCACGCCUUCAUCAAAGCGACGCAAGGUUGCCGCAGAGCUUCGCAAAGCUGGAGGCAACAAGGGCUUAUACUUCCUCAAAACCUCCCCUCCCCGGAAACCAAAGAUAGGAAAACGGUACGGCCAGUCUUCGUCUACGUCUGCCCUGUCUGCACUGCCGCAGCGUGGCUUCUUCACCGAGCCGUCCUCGCCCUCCUCGCCGAGACUGUCGCCCGCCCGGUCCCUGCAGGUAGACUCCUCGCACGGAAGCGCAAACGAACAGUCGUCCACCGAAGACUGGAGAUCGACCACUGCAACGAGCUCUCCGACCGUUACGGACGGCGAGUCGACCCAAGACACUACCUGUUGGCCCAUGUCAUCGUCUAAUAACAACAACCGAGCGGCCGGCCAGUCCGCCGCUGCCGCCAGUGAUCCCCCGAAGGAGGAUGUUUCCAUGGUAGACAGCAACAGCAGCAGUGUUGGUGGUUCUCUAGACAACGGCAACUCUCACACUGCUCCACCGGCCAUCAAGAGACCGGCUGCCGAGAUGGGCUGUGACGAACACGAUACCGUGAUGCAGACUGAUUCCCCUUCGUUAGGCUCUCAGGAAGAGGCCGAAAAGAGCAGUAACAAGGCAGCAGGAAGCAAGAAGCAGGCCGAGCGUCUGAAUCGGCACCAGCGUGAUGCCUCCGUUGACAUGGUUGGAAAGGAGACUGAGUCCGAGACAUCCAAGGGAGGCCGAAAGCACGCUUCCGAAACCAGCAGUUCUGGAACUGAUCCGACCAUCUACACCCCGUCAUCCAGCAGCGGGCAAACCCAUGCUUCCCACGACGAUAACCCCUCUAUCGACGAGCAAGUCGCCCAGGUCAUGCAGUUGAUGCAGCAGAGCCCCACCGACAAGCAAAAGGGCUACAUUGUUUCUGCUACCUGGCUGAAGAGGGUUCUCUCCAGAAGCUCUACCCAUCCACGGCCAGAUAAAGCGGACAAGUUGGCUGCUGAGGGAGAGAUUGGACCCGUUGACAACUCAGACCUUGUCCUCGUUACUGAUCCGGACACCAUCUUCAACGAUGAAGCGGGCGAGCCAUUCGUCCCCAUGCGUCCGGGCCUGCAGAUGGGCGAGGACUACGAGAUCUUGCCAGAGGAAGCUUGGAACCUGGUGAUGAAAUGGUACGGCCUAUCGAACCAGUCCCCCGCCAUCGUUCGAUACGCACACAACACCAACACCGAGGGAGACAUGGAGCACAUCCAGUACGAGCUCAAUCCUCCCAUUUUCUCCAUCUUGAAACUGUCUCCAAACCCGUCCGAGGCAGAGAAGUCCAAACCUCCCGUCAGAUUCUUGGCCAGCAGACAUACCCCUUUCCAGCAAUGGCUCAAGACCGCAAAGACCCUGGCAUCCAUCAAUAUGUCCACCAAGACUCGGGUCUGGAGAAUCCUAGAAGGACUCGGUAGUUCCGCCAACGUAACUCCGGCUGCGUCAAGAAGUGCGUCCCCAGCACCGGGAACUACCGUCUCGACAAAGAUUCCCACCUCCAUCUCCCUGGGCCUGGAAGCGUUCGUGGGUCUGACUGAGGGAUCCCAGCGAGAGCUUGUGGAUGUCCAAGACCAUACUGCAAAUACAAAGUACAACGGCAGAGCGUCUAUUCAUGUUAUCGGUCUAGGAAGCGACAACGUUAUCGUCCUGGAGGAGCAAGUUGGCGGUCCAGCAGGCGGAGAAUGGCUGUCCGAAACAACUAAGUCGAGCACCAACCUGACCGUCGGAGCUGGCACCAAAGCCAAUGUCCAAAACAGGCUGAAAAACAAAAGCUCCUCGGGCAGCGGACGGACAUCGCCUGCUCCUUCAAUCGUCACCCGAGGACGACGGCGCAAGGACGGCAAAGCUCGAGGAGUGACCGGACUAAGCAACCUGGGCAAUACAUGCUACAUGAACUCGGCGCUUCAGUGUGUCCGCAGUGUCGAGGAGCUGUCUCAUUACUUUUUGAUGGGCGAGUAUAAGAAGGACCUGAACCCGAACAACCCCUUGUCUCACAACGGGGAUGUCGCCAAGGCGUAUGCAAAUCUGCUGCAUCAGAUAUUUGACGUUCAGGGAUCGGCUUCGUUUGCUCCCCGGAACUUCAAGGUUACCAUUGGCAGAUACGGCCCUUCGUUCUCUGGCUAUGGACAGCAGGACUCCCAGGAAUUCCUGCUCUUCCUCCUGGACGGGCUGCAGGAGGAUUUGAACCGUAUCCAAAAGAAACCAUACAUUGAGAAGCCUGAUUCCACCGACGAGAUGGUCCAUGAUAAAGUGGCACUCCAGCGCUUUGCGGACCGCUGUUGGGAGAUCUACAAGGCCAGGAAUGACAGUGUGAUUACUGAUCUGUUUUCGGGGAUGUACAAGUCCACUGUGGUGUGUCCAGAGUGCGACAAGGUCAGCAUCAUCUUUGACCCGUUCAACAACCUGACGCUGCAGAUUCCGAUUGAGAAUAGCUGGAGCCACAAGAUCAUGUUCUUCCCGCUGCACAAGCCACCGGUGAACAUCGACGUGGACAUUGACAAGAACUCGGGCAUCAAGGCGGUAAAGCAGUUCAUUGCAAAGAAGAUGAACGUGAACGCUGACAGGCUGGUGAUGGCCGAGAUCUACAAGCACAAGUUCUACAAGCUGUUUGACCACAGCCAGAGCAUCGCCGACCACCAGAUCAGCGAAGGGGACACUAUUGCCAUGUACGAACUUGACAGUGUGCCGACAAGUUACAACCCGGAGAAGCCACGGCGCUUCCGCUUCUCGUCUGAGGAGCCUGCAGUCGGGUUCAACUCGCCCAAGGCAGACCGGAUGCUGGUACCAAUCUACAAUCGCGGCCGGGUGCGUCGCGGGUACGGCCAGAUGCAGCGGGGGUUAUUUGGCGUGCCGAUGUACGUUGUGAUUUCACGUGAGGAAGCGUAUGACUACGAUGCGGUGCUGCGACGGAUCCUCGCACGGGUGGCCAACCUGACGACGCGUGACAUUCUGCGAGAAGAUGACGGGCUGGGCGUGACGAGGGCGCAGCAGCAGGCCGGGGAAGACUCUGACACUGUUGUGAUGAACGAGGACGACACGCAGGCAUACGGGCAGACGAUCAAGGCCAGUUCCGUGGAGGGAGAAGAUGGGCUGGUGGAUGUGUCGAUGCGAGAUGCCGAUCAAGACGAGGCUACUGCAGCAAGAUGCAACAACAAUAACAACGAUAAUAGUGACAACAAAGGAGGAGAUGAUGAAGAGCUUGCACCCGUUCUAAGGCCCGGAAGCUUCAUCCCGCCGAUGCUCCGCAAUCUGUUUGAUGUGCGGUACAUUGCCACGAACGACAGCGAGCCGACUGGCUUCUCGAUCAUCAACGAGGCCCGCGAGUACCCCUUGAUGCUGUCCCGCGUGCCCGACGGGAAGAGCAGCAGUAGCAGCGGCAGCAGCAGCAACAACGGUGGUGGCGGUGGAGCAAGCAAGAUGGUGUUUGGACGACGGGCAGACGCGGAGAGCGUGGCCAGCAGCGACGAUGAGCUAAGCGGGCCUGCACAACCCGUGAACGUGAUGCGGACACGGGCAGCGGCUGCGGCAGACGACGAGAUGUCGACCAACUCGAGCUCUGCGGAGACCAAGGACGACAGCGGGUCGGAGACGGACUCUGACCGGAUGGCCGGUGCAACGAGCCUGCUGCGGUCCGGCAAGGCACGCAGCAGCAGCAGCAAGCAGAAGCCGGCCAAGAAGCCAGUGCAGCGACGGCUACCGUACGUCAAGCCGGGCGACGUGAUUGUGCUCGACUGGAACGAGGAGACGUACGACGGGGUGUUUGGCGACGAGGACGAGCUGUACGGCGACAACGAUGAAGGAGGGGAUGGUGGGCUGCGCGGACGACCGACGUGGACGAACGUGUCGGAUGUGGUCGACCCGGAGGUGACGAGCAAGCGGCAGCUGCGGUCGCGCAAGAAGAGGCGCGGGAUCACGCUGGACGAGUGCCUGGACGAGUUUGGGCGGGAGGAGAUCCUGUCGGAGAACGAUGCGUGGUACUGUCCGCGGUGCAAGGAGCACCGGCGGGCGAGCAAGAAGUUUGAGCUGUGGAAGGCGCCGGACAUUCUGGUGAUGCAUCUGAAGCGGUUCAGCGCCAACCGGAUCUUCCGGGACAAGAUUGACGCAGUGGUGGACUUCCCGCUGGAGCUGGACAUGAGCGGACGGGUGCAGAUGGUGGAGGAAGGGGAGAGCAUGGUGUACGACCUGAUUGCGGUGGACAACCACUACGGCGGCCUGGGCGGCGGCCACUACACUGCCUAUGCCCGGAACUUUGUCGACGGCCUGUGGUACGAAUUCAACGAGCAAGCGCACGACCGGGCCAGCGACGACUCCGGCAGCGAGAGCGGCUCAGGCAACGGAACCAGUGGAACCGGCGGCGGCAGUGGUGGCGGCGGCAGUGGUGGCGGCGGCAGUGGAUCGGGGGAAGGCAAGCGCCUCGGUGGGCUCUCCCGCAAUGGGUCGUCGGGCGCUUUACACGGAGCCGCAGCAACUCGCCAGUCGGGAGAUGGUGGUUUGCCAACAGAUGAAGAGGAGGAGGUGGACGUUGAAGGCAGUGGAGAAGUGGGUGAAGCCGGGCCUGAUGAUGAAGACGAAGAGGAGGAAGGGGACGAAGGGUUCAGCAGCGUGCGGUUCCACGCCGGGAGCGCGAUGUACGCACAGCAGCCGAGCUGGUCGUACGACCGACUGGCCAACCACGGCUACGGCGAGGACGAGAUACCGCGUGUCUUCCCUCCGCCGGGGUCCAGCUAUGCGGACGAUGGCGAGGGGGACGAUGUGGCUAGCACGCAGGCGGAGAGGGGGGAAGGCGACCUGAGCGAGCUGGACCGGUCGUUUGAGCUGGACGCGGAGGGGGAUGCCGAUGCCGACGAGACGGGCAUGGUAUUCUCCAGUGUCCUAGACGAGGAACACGCACAUGGUCAUGGACAUGGUCUUGGUCACGGUCUUGGUCACGGCAGCAGCCCUGCCAUGCAGAAUGAGUUUGACGACUGCCCAGCUGUGGUAGAGGUGCGAGUUGACGAGGAGUAG